AUGUGCGGACGAUACGUGCUGCAUAUGCGGCCGUCUGAAGUCCGGCGGCAUCUUGCAGACCAGAACAUGCCAGUCGAUGAUGCGCCGGACGACGACAACCCGCAACUGCGGCAAAGCUACAACUUCGCUCCUGGCUACCAUGGACUGAUCUAUCGAGCCCAGACUAGCGAUCGCGGAGCAGGCGAGAACGAAGAUGAGGAUGCUCAGAGCAAGAACGGCGAACCCUCUCCGAAGAAGGCCAAGCUCUCCUUGACGCCACAGGCCGUCGAUGGCAGAGCGACCCAGGAGAUCAAGUACAAACUGCAGGCCGCAAAAUGGGGUCUUGUGCCUUUCUGGACCAAGCGGCCUCCAGACUAUGGCAGUCAAAUGAGAACCAUCAAUUGCCGCGACGACAGCUUGAUCGAGAACCGAGGCAUGUGGAACACCAUGAAGCAGCGCAAGCGGUGUAUCGUUGUCGCAGAGGGCUUCUAUGAGUGGUUGAAGAAGAACAACGGCAAAGAGAAGAUCCCACACUUCAUGAAGCGUAAGGACGGACAGCUGAUGGCAUUUGCUGGCUUGUGGGACAUGGUCCAAUACGAAGGCAGCGAAGAGAAGCUCUACACCUAUACCAUCAUCACAACAGACUCUAACAAGCAACUCAAGUUUCUUCAUGAUCGCAUGCCGGUGAUUCUCGAGCCUGGAAGUCAUGCAAUGAGAAUGUGGCUGGACCCGAAUAACAUUGGUUGGUCGAAGGAGCUGCAGAGCAUUCUGAAGCCAUUCGAAGGAGAGCUAGAAUGCUAUCCCGUCGACAAGGCUGUCGGAAAAGUGGGCAACAAUAGUCCGGCAUUCGUCAUACCCAUCGACAGCAAGGAAAACAAGAAGAAUAUUGCCAAUUUCUUCGGCACUCAGCGUGCCACUGCCCAUGAAGUCGCCGCAAAGAAUGAGGCUGCUCGUAUGGACGACUUCAAGCUCGAACAGCAUCAAGAUACGACCGCCAAAGUCGAAAACACCGAGGAUAACACUCCACUUCCAAAACCAAAGAAUGAAAGCGACGAAGACCUGUCUCGGCGCAUUAAGAAAGAGACGGCAGAACUAGGUGAUCAAGACAUCAUUAAAGCUGCUGAUCAGCAGAUCGAGAAGGGUAUAAAGCGCGAGAUGUCUGAGAUCGACAAUCAGUCACUCAUCAAUGCUGCCGAAAGCCCUCCCAAGAAAGCCAUCAAAACAGAGCAUCCUUCCUCGACACCGAGCUCAGCCGCCAAGAGUACCGGCGGCAAGAAGACUAGAAGUGCUACAACGAACAGCACGGUAGCGAAAACCCCGACGAAAGGCGGCAACGCCAAGAUCACAAGCUUUUUCGGCAAGUGA